GUAACAGAAACGUGUUAACAGCAGGUACUAGUGCUUGAUCAAUUCAUCUCAUAUCGCUGCUUAUAAGUGGGUAGAAAAGAUUUCUUAUCAUUAAAUUAAAUAAAAAAGGUGAUUUAUUAUAAGAAUUUGAAUGGCAUGUGCUGAUUUAAUACACUGGAUCAUCUAAAGUGUUAUUGAUUAAUUUAAGUGCUGUUAGUGAAAUGUGGACUUUUCGGUGACCUGGAAAUUUAUUUUUUUAUUUGGAAAUAUGCAGGAUUAAUUUUCAUUAACAGGCUACUUUUUACUUAAAGCCACAAUGACCAACUACGAAACUUGCGCCACUGAUAAAGAAUUGGAACCGGAAGAGAACCGAAGGGGAAGUACCAUAAGAGCUUUGAUUGCUUACUGGAUAUUGGGACUUUGCAAUAAUUACGGUUAUGUGGUUAUGCUGACUGCCGCUGCUGAUAUUAUUGGGGAAAAUGCUGACGAAAAUGGCCACAGCAAGAUCAGAGAAAACUGUACCUACAUGUCAACUGGGGCAAUCCUACUGGCUGACAUCGUUCCAGCCCUUAUUAUUAAAAUCCUGGCACCCUUUAUCCCUUUUUAUGUUCAUUUCCGAGUUGUUCUUUGCAUAGUACUAGCCGCCUCAGGAUUUAUAGCAGUGGCUUUCAGUGAGUCCAUCUUAAUAUCCAUCUUAGGAGUGGUUCUCACGUCAUUUUGCUCUGGAUUGGGGGAGGUUACUUACCUGCAAUACACUUCAUUCUACAAAAAGAACGUUGUGUCAGCUUGGAGUUCAGGUACUGGAGGUGCAGGAGUAAUAGGGGCGCUAUCAUACUCAUUGCUACAACAAAUUGGAAUGAAAACCACCCUGUUGAUGAUGUUGAUUGUUCCUGUAAUGUCAGCUGUUUCAUUCUGGAUAAUCCUUCCAGUACCAUCAGCUCAGGAUAUUUCAGCUGCCCUGGAGAUCCAGCAGAAGGUGAACGCGGAAGAGGUGGAAAACCCCAAAGCAGUAUUAUUGAAAAAAUUGAAGUUGAUUCCAGGGUUAAUGAAAUUUAUGAUACCGCUGGGUCUUGUGUAUCUUUUUGAAUAUUUUAUUAAUCAAGGAACAUUUGAAAUAAUUCAAAUCCCAAACUCAGUAGUACCGGAGUCAUCGCAGUACCGUUGGCUUCAAGUAACUUAUCAAGUGGGUGUGUUUAUUUCACGUUCUUCUGUUAAUUUGUGGCAUAUUAAACAAACCUGGAUAAUGGCCAUUUUACAAGGUUUAAAUGUAAUUGUUUUCACCACAGAAGCAAUUUACUAUUACAUCCCUAGUUUCUAUAUAGUGGUGGCCCUAGUAUUAUGGGAAGGACUCCUUGGAGGGGCAGCCUACGUUAACACAUUUUACAGAAUUACCAAUGAAGUUGAACCAGAGAGCAAACAAUUCUCAAUGGCAAUCACAGGAUUUGCUGAUAGUGCAGGUAUUUCCUUGGCAGGACUAUUUGCUAUUUUAGCACACAAUGCCAUUUGUAAUAUACCAAUGCCAAGCUAAAGAGUGAUGAUGACCUCACUCUUACAUCAGGUUGUUCCUAUAUUAAGCUAUUUAUAUUUAUUAUUAUACUGUUAUUUUGAGGUUUUUUUUUUAUUUAUAUAAUUUCUUUUAAUUAUUCUUUAUAUGCACAACUUUAUUUGUGGUUAACCAAUAAAAAAAACACACAGA